AUGUGUAUAUUACAGUGUUGUGUACCAUUGUUACAAUGUGAUGGUUGGAAUAUAACUACAAUUGAAGGUUUAGGUAACACUAGAGAUGGUAUUAAUCCUAUACAACAACGUCUAGCUGAUUAUAAUGGUACACAAUGUGGUUUCUGUAGUCCUGGUCAGGUCAUGUCUAUGUACAGUUUAUUGAAGACGAAUCCCCAUCCUACCAUGGAAGAAGUAGAACAGAUAAUGGACAAUGUAGUAUGUCGAUGUACAGGUUACAGAUCAAUCCUGGAUGCAAUGAAAUCAUUUUCUGCUGAUGCUGGUCCUGAUCUUCCUGGUGGCCUAAUUGAUAUUGAGGAUUUAGAGAGAAAGAUUUGUAAGAAAACUGGUAAUCCAUGUACUGGAAAAUGUUCUUCUGACCAACCACAGACCAUGUUACAUAUGGUGACGGCUGGAAGUCAGUGGUUAAAACCAACCAAUAAACAAGAGCUUUGCACAUUACUAAACCAACAUAAGGCAGAUAAUUACAGACUUCUACAUGGUAACACUGGCUUUGGUGUGUAUAAAGAUAUUAGUGAUUGGAAUUAUUCUGUUUUGAUUGAUAUCAGAGGUGUUGUAGAUUUCAAUAUAAUUCAGCUAGGGGGAAAAACUCUAAAACUUGGUGCCAACUUGACAUUAACAAAUCUACUGGAGUAUUUCAAUACAAAAGCUGCUGCUGGUAACGACAGAAUGACAUCAUUCUACUCAAAUAUUUCUCUACAUUUAGAAAAAAUUGGUACAACUUCUAUUAGAAAUCUUGGAACUUGGGCUGGAAACCUGAUGAUGAAGAACAAACAUCCAGAGUUUAUAUCUGAUAUCUACGUUAUAUUUGAGGCUAUGAAAACCCUUCUGGUUAUUGUUGAUAGUACUGGUAAAGAAAUGAAUUACAAUAUCGCAGACUUCUUGAAACUGGACAUGACAGGCAAGGUCAUCACCAUGGCAAUAAUACCUCUUGUUACCGAUGCCAACAUCAACAUUAGAAGUUUCAAGUCCAUGCCCAGGCAUCAGAAUGCUCAUGCAUAUGUGUCUGCUGGUUUUAAUAUGGAGGUCGAUGCCUCAAAGAAUUAUUUAGUUGGGCGAAAUCCUGUCCUGGCAUAUGCUGGAAUCAGCAAGACAUUUACUCGAGCUACUUUAACAGAGAAUUAUCUUUCUGGAAAACAACUUGGUGAUCCAAACGUUCUUAAAGGAGCUUUGACAACAUUAUCUGGUGAAUUAGUUACAGACACAGUAACGUCACUCACUCCAGGUUCAUACAGACAAAAUGUUGCCAUCGCUUUCUUUUAUAAGUUUGUAUUGGAUAUAUGUAGCGAGAUUGUAAAUACUCGAUAUCUGAGUGGUUGUACUGACCUCAUCCGACCUUUAUCGUCUGGAAAACAGAUAUACAGUACAGAUCCAGAUGAAUAUCCAGUCUCACGGCCAAUGAUUAAACAAAAUGCUACAAUACAGACAUGUGGAGAAGCUGACUUUAUUAAUGAUACACUACCCCAGUAUGGUGAGGUUUAUGCUGCAUUUGUUAUCAGUACUGUUGGUAAUGCUGAUAUAGAUGUCAUUGAUCCAUCACCAGCUUUGGCAGUACCAGGUGUAUUAAAGUAUAUCUCAGCUAAAGAUAUACCAGCAGGUGGGAUAAAUAAUUGUUAUCCUGUAAGUGAUUCUGCAGCACCUGAAGAAGUAUUUUGUAGUGGUAAAGUUAAUUUUGCUGGUCAACCUCUUGGAUUGAUAGUAGCAGAGGACCAAAUAACUGCUGAUCGUGCUGCUGAAAUGGUUAAAGUUACGUAUAAAAAUGUUCUGCCUCCGAUUUUAACUAUUGAUUCUGCCAUUCGAAAUAAUUCAUUCUUUACACCUAUAACUGGACUUAGUGCUGGAGAUCCAGAUGGUGCCAUAGCUAAAUCAGUUCAUAAACUAACAGGCCAGAUAUCUUGUACCGAACAGUAUCAUUAUCAUCUCGAAACACAGAUAUCAAUUUGCUACCCCACGGAAGAUGGAAUGAAUAUAUUGGCAGGUGCACAGUGGAUCAAUGGAAUUCAACGAGCAGUUAGUCAGGUUUUAAAUGUCCCUGCUAGUACUAUAACAGUAGAAGUAAAGAGAAUAGGUGGAGCUUUUGGGGCUAAAAUUACACGUAAUUGUCCCGUAUCAACAGCUUGUGCAUUGGCAGCUCACAUUUUAAACAGACCUGUCCGUUUGAUGGUGAAUAUCCAUACCAACAUGAAAACACUAGGAAAAAGAAUGCCAUGUCAAGCUCGAUAUACAGUUGGUUUUACGGAUGACGGUUUGUUAAAUGGUGUUAAAGUUGACUAUUACAAUGAUUGUGGAAUGACAGCUAAUGAUAUUUCUGGCGUUGUCAGAAUGCCAGGAUGGUUAGAUAACGCGUAUUAUUGUGCUAAUUGGAAGAUGACACCAUAUUUAUGUAAAACAAAUAAACCACCACAUACUACAUGCAGAUCACCAGGGUCGACAACCGCUGUAUUUAUUAUGGAGACUAUCAUGGAACAUGUAGCUAAAUCACUGAAUAAAGAUCAACUUGAUGUCCGUAAAUUGAACUUGUAUCAACAGGGUCAGAAAACUCCAUUAGGAUUGGUAUUAAAAUAUUGUAAUAUUCGAUCAAUGGUUACACAGUUAGAGACGUCUGCUCAAAUUGCAAGCAGAAAGCAACAAGUUGCCCAGUACAACGCCGCCAAUCGAUGGAAGAAACGUGGUAUAUCUGUCAUGCCAUUAAAGUUUGCCGUAAAUUGGAAAGGGUCACAGUAUAACACAUUAAUUAAUAUUAGUAAUGGAGAUGGAAGUAUUGCCAUAUUUCAUGGUGGAGUCAAUAUGGGACAAGGAAUCAACAUCAAGGUGGCCCAGACAUGUGCAUAUGAGUUGGGCGUUCCAAUGGAUAUCAUAAGCGUAAAGAAGACAUCUACUAUGACUAACUGUAAUUCUCAUACAACCGGUGGUAGCGUUACAAGUGAACUUUGUUGUCUGAGUGUUAUAGAAUGCUGUAAAAUGUUGAAGGAAAGAAUGGCGCCAGUUAAAGCUAAGAUGGUAAAUCCAUCAUGGAAGGAUUUAGUUGUUAAAUGUUACAAUCAAGGUGUUGAUAUUACAGCUAGAUAUGUAACAGAGCCUACGAAUGUCGGCACCUAUACUCGUUAUAAUGCAUAUGGUGUGUGUUGUUCGGAAGUGGAACUUGAUGUUCUUACUGGAGAACAUCAAAUACUGAGAGUAGACCUUCUGUUUGAUGCUGGUAAAAGUAUGAAUCCAGAUGUUGAUAUUGGACAAGUAGAGGGAGGAUUUGUUAUGGGUUUGGGUCGCUUUUUAACAGAGAGAGUCAUCUAUGAUUCUACUACUGGUGAAAACCUUACAUCAAAUACAUGGGACUAUCACCCACCAAUGCCCAAGGACAUACCAAUUGAUUUUAGAGUUGAGUUUUUGAAAAAUUCUAACAACGUUAAUGGAGUUCUAGGAUCAAAGUCGGUAGGGGAAGCACCUGUUCUUAUGUCCAUUUCUGCUUUCUUGGCAGUAAAACAUGCUAUUGAAGCUGCAAGAAAAGAAAUAUCCAAGGAUAUAUACUUCACUUUAUAUGGACCUGCGACAGUGGAUACAGUUCAACUAAACUGUCUUACAGAUAUCACAAACUUAACCUACGGAAAUUAACCUUUAAGGCAAUUAAUCUAAGUAAUAAAAAAAACCACAGAAAAACUAUGAGAUCAGUACUGUACAAUUUACUUAUGUAAAUUAAUUUUGAAAACAGUUCCAUUUUUAAAAUCAAAUUUUUGUAUUUAUUAGCAUAGCUGAUUAAUAUUUUUUAAAUAUUUUAUUCUCAGAAGUCGAUUUAGGAUCAGGCUAGGCCUAUAAUACCUCCCUCCAACAAUAUGAUAUUGAUGAAAACAAUUUUUAAAUGUGAAACUUAUCUCACCUACAUACUAUAUUGUAUAAUAUUCUAGUUGUUGAUAAUUAUAUAUUUAUCAAAUUUCAUUACUUAUAAAACGUGGUUGUUGAAAGUCCAUGUGUCCAACUGAGACACAGCAGUUUACAUAUUUAUAUGUAUAUUUUAGAUAAAGACAAGAAUAAUGUUUAGAUCAACUAAUAUUUCAUAAGUAAUAUCUUCAACAACUGUGCAAUAUAGAUUAAUAUUUUAUAUGUCAAAUAAUUUCUUCUACAAAU